UCCCCUGGUGACUGGUGAGAGGGGAAGAAGAAGAUCUAUAAUUUGUACCGCGGGAGUGCGGGUUUCCUACCACCAACCUGUUUUAAUUGGCAGUUAAAAACGAUUCCCCCGCGAUUAUUUUCCCCUCUCUAUAAAUACCGAAGCUGCUGCUCUCCGUUUCGUCCUAGCUGCCCAAAGCUACAUUUCUCUCCUUAUUUCCCUCGCUUUCAUCUCUCUUAUUUUCCUUCUCUACCAGAGCUUUGGUUGGUGCUCAUGGGGACUGUUCUUGAUGCUGCCAGCAAGGAUGCAAAUGGAAGUCUGUUGACUGACAAAAAGGUUACAGUUGUUUUUGUCUUGGGUGGCCCAGGUAGUGGCAAGGGAACCCAGUGUGCUAACAUUGUCGAGCAUUAUGGAUACACCCACCUUAGUGCUGGUGAUCUCCUUAGAGCAGAAAUAAAAUCUGGUUCGGAAAAUGGGACAAUGAUUCAGAACAUGAUUAAGGAGGGCAAAAUAGUGCCUUCUGAGGUGACAAUUAAGCUUCUCCAACGAGCCAUGAAUGCAAGUGGCAAUGACAAGUUCCUAAUUGAUGGUUUCCCUCGUAAUGAGGAAAACCGUGCAGCCUUUGAGUUAGUUACUGGAAUGGAACCAACAUUUGUCCUUUUUUUUGAUUGUCCGGAAGAAGAGAUGGAAAAGCGUCUUCUGAGUCGAAACCAGGGAAGAGAAGAUGAUAACAUUGAGACAAUAAGGAAGCGUUUUAGGGUUUUCAUGGAAUCCAGUCUUCCUGUAAUUGAAUACUACAACUCUAAAGGGAAGGUUCGGAAGAUUGAUGCUGCAAAGCCUGUGGAAGAAGUAUUUGGAGCUGUUAAAGAAGUUUUCACCCCAUCCAAUGUUGAGGUUGCCGCCUAGGAUAACAUGUAACAUACAGUACCCGAGAUUCCUGUUAUGGUAUAAUGUUAUUGGCGGCAUAAUUUCUUAGCAUGUCAGCAAGUGGAUUUGCGGCUAUACUUGUUACUCCACUAGAAAAUUUGUGUUUUCUUGAUUUUUUAUUAUUUAGAAGUGAGGUUAUGGCUUCCAUGAGUAGGAUGCCUCCGUAAUGUCAUAUGAAGAGAAUUUUUUUUGAUAAUAAGAUCAUCUCAAGUUUUUAUGAUUAAUUGUUUCCCUUUCCCUCUAAUCUCUAUACAGUCUCAAUGAUGUGGUGCAGCGGAACUGCAGAAGUAUAAAAAACUUUCUCCUUCUGUUGUUGUUAGACUA